GGGCCAUGUGGAGCACGGCGGCUCUGCGCCCCCUUGGCAGGCUGCGGCCCGGCGCCGCGCCUCCGCCGCCCCCAGGGUUACAGCCCCCAAAUCACGGUUUUGAACGAAAGUAUAAGGCCUUGUGUCACGGGAAACUGCCAGCACACGAACCGCAGAAUCGGGGGUUGGAGAGGACACGAGACGUGCUUCCCUGCCGCUUAGGAAGUAAGCAAGCAAAAGGCAGGCGGUGGGCCAAAACUUACCCAGUUUUAGAUGGACGCAUCCUGUCCGUGCAUCGACACGUGUUUGAAGAAAAUGUAAGGAACAGUGAGGCUGUUAUUAAAAGAUACUCGGAGUUGCUAGAGACAGUCAGUAAAGGAGGGGGAGAAAAUGCCAUCUUGCAUCAUACUCAGAGAAACAAGAAGCUGUUUGUUCGUGACCGCCUGAAGUUGCUCCUCGAUGAUGAGUCUUUCCUGGAGCUGUCCCCGCUGGCAGGCCUGGAGCUGCCCUACGGCCACAUCCCUGCCGCAGGCUGCCUGACUGGAAUUGGCAAAAUCUGUGGGGUCUGGUGUGUCUUCAUGGCAAAUGAUGCAACUGUGAAAGGAGGAACUGUUUAUCCAAUUGGAGUGAAGAAACAAUUAAGAGCUCAAGAAAUAGCCAUGCAGAACAGACUGCUCUCUGUGUACCUUGUUGACAGCGGGGGAGCAUUCCUGCCACUACAGUCAGAGCUGUUUCCUGACAAGUCGCACGGUGGCAGGAUUUUCUACAACGAAGCGAUAAUGUCUGCCAUGAGGAUCCCUCAGGUGGCAGUGGUGUGUGGCUCCUGCGUAGCCGGAGGUGCCUAUGUGCCAACCAUGGCAGAAGAAGCUGUGAUUGUAGAUAAAAUCGGUACGCUCUUCCUGGCUGGCCCUCCGCUGGUAAAAGCUGCUACAGGAGAGUUUGUCUCUCCUGAGGACCUAGGAGGAGCUAAACUUCACUCUGAGGUCAGUGGCUGUAGUGACCAUUUUGCGUCUUCAGAAAAGGAAGCUUAUGAAUGUAUUCGAAAUGUUAUCUCCACGUUAAAUUACGACCCACUGCCAGAGGAGGUCACAGAGCAUGACAGUCCUCUGUACAGUUCUGAUGAGCUCCUGGGCCUGGCCCCGCGAGAUUACAGGUGUUCUCUUCCUGUAAAGCUGAUUCUGAGCCGUCUGAUGGAUGGAAGUAGAUUCCAGGAAUUCAAGGCCAAUUACGGAACAACAUUAGUAACGGGCUUCGGCCACGUGCAAGGGCACUUGGUGGGGAUAGUGGCUAACAAUGGCGAGCUGACUCAUGAUGCUUCUCUCAAGGGCAGCCACUUCGUACAGCUGUGCAGCCAGCGGAGCAUUCCCAUUCUCUUUUUCCAAAAUACUGCUCCACAUACGGCAGAGCCAACGAGCAUCUCACAGGCAGAGGCUCAGUCCCACAGAUUAAAAGCCCAGGCCUCCAUGAUGGCUGCUGUGGCCUGUGCUGCCGUUCCGAAAAUCACCGUUGUGCUUGGUGGCUGCUAUGGGAGCGAAAGUUACGUUAUGUGCGGGAGAUCGUUCAGUCCAAACUUUCUGUUCUUGUGGCCUAACGCAAGAGUUGCCCUUGUGGAUUCGAGACAUUUCUCCACAGUCCCACGAGCUGGGGACAACAACUGUACAGGAGCUGAAUCAGAGCUAAAACAUCUGAAAGAAAAGCUCGAGGAAGAAAGCAGUGCCUUUUAUUCCUCCGCCAGACUCUGGGAUGAUGGUGUAAUUCUACCUCAAGAUACUAGAAAGGUGAUUGCACAGUGCUUAGAGAUUGUAGAACAGCAGAAGUACCAGGUCGUGUCUCCGUGUCAGUAUCCCAUCAUCAGGAUGUAACAGCAGACGCUUUCAAGUGAUCAGCCUUUCAAAGUUAGUAUGGGCACUACAAAUCCUCAAUGUCAGUGAUUUUCUAAUUCGUUGAUACCAUUAAAAAUGUUAAACCACUACGGACAAACAAGCAGCCUGGAUUUUACGUCUAUUAACAAUAAGUUUGUAUUUUGAACUAUAGCCUCUUACUACCCAAGUUGAAAAUAUGUUUUGUGAAAAGGAAGGAUUAAGCUGAAAGUCUGGACGACUCUAAGGAAGCAAAUUCAUCCCAGGUGGUAACAAUUGAUUGAUUAUUAUUUUUUUUUUUAAAUAUUCAUAUUUUAGCCAGAAAGCCAGAACUGCGCUUGAACAAAAGAAACAGGGAAGAAAGGACACACAAGCUAGGGUGUGCAGUUUUCAGCCUCAGAAAAGGCCGAAAUGCUGCCUGGCACAGCACCCUGGGGCUGCCAGUCCUGAGUUCCAAGGCCAGAUGGGAAGCUGCAUUCCGAUUGCUCUGAGGAUACUAAAGAAGUGACCAGGAGGGGAUUUAAAUCCAUAAUACUUCAGAUGAGGCUAAAAGUGACCUUUCCUCAACACAUGUAACAGAGCACAGAGGCUGUUCCAUGUAGCAUUACCACGUGUACAAGUACUGAGUUUACACUGUGCUGUUUCAUACACCUUUGACUCUGCUGCGAAGUUUAAUUUUGUAAUUUUAAUUAAAACAAAAUUAAAU